AAUCUCCAACUGUAAGGAGAGUUGUAGAGAUUGUUAUUCAGAAUCCAAAUCUUCAUAAAGAAAUGCUUGCAGAUUACAAAGUCAAACCUAUAAGGUUUGAUGAGAUGAAAACUUUCACAAUUGAAAUUCCGGAUGAGAAUAACUGGUCUUCUGAAG